CCUCUCCUCUUAUCUCAAUCCCAUUCGCAUCCAUCCUUUGCUUGAUCACUCUUCUGAAACAAAUUGUCCAAAGUUUCGUCACUCCCAAAACUCUUCUCUCAGCUCAGCUCUCAUCAAUGGCGGAUCGUCCUCAGCCACACCAGCUCCAAGUUCGUCCCCAGCAUGGCCUUGGGGCCAAGACCCAAUACCAAGGCCCGUCCACUGGCCAGGUCCUCGCAGUCAUAACUGGCCUUCCUGUUGGCGGAACCCUGCUAGCGCUUGCUGGUCUCACACUCAUGGGCACCAUCAUUGGGGCUCUGUUGGCCACCCCACUCUUCAUCAUCUUCAGCCCGGUUCUUGUCCCGGCUAUCUUUGUCAUUGGCCUGGCUGUUACCGGAUUUCUAACUUCGGGCGCUUUUGGACUGACUGCACUCUCGUCUCUGUCUUGGGUCACCAACUACCUCCGGAGGGCCACGGGGUUGGUGCCGGAGCAGCUGGACCAGAUGAAGAGGCGCACGGCGGAUAUGGUGGAGUUUGUGGGACAGAAGACCAAGGAGGGCAGCCAAGACAUCCAGAGUAAGGCCCAAGACGAAAAGAGGAGGACAUGAAAGUCGUUGAAGUGGAAGAAAGGCUACAGAGGUUGUAUACGAGAAUGGAAGGGAAAUAAUGUCGUAACCUCUUUCGGGUGGUUUUCUAUUGUUAGGUGUUGAUGUUGGCUGGCUUCAGAGGUGUACGUAUCUAGUGCUGUUCGUAUUGUCAUGUACUUGUUCUCGUACGUAGAAGAGUCUAAUGGGGUUGUUUUUGGCAGAAUUUAAGAGGUCCAUGAAUUUCGGUUAUGGUUACCUCUAGAAUCUGGCACUUCCUGUGUAAUUAUUUACAUUGUGUUUAAUGUAUGUCCUUAAAUUUUAAUUAUGCAAAUUUAUCGGUACA